UAAUUGUAACAUUUUGGUCACCUAAAAAAGCCUUGUUAAGUGUUUGAUUGUACUAAAAAACCCUCUAAGGAUGUUCCGUUUUUUUGGUAAGUACGUUUUGUUUUUAAUGGUUUAAGUCUGUUUUUUGCUAGUGAAAAUUGGUAUUAGCAUUAGUAUACUUAACCAUAGACUGUAAAUGCACCAUACUAAUAUAGCUAGUAGCUAGCGUUAGGGUCAGCUUCACCCUGUCAUCCAACUAUGGUCACCUCUCUUCACUUCUGGCUCCAGAAAUCCAAGAUGGCAACAGUCAAAAUGCCAAAUGUCCACAAACCAAUGGGUGACAUCACGCUGGCUACAUCCAUUAUUUUUUAUGUCUAUGGUUGCGGCUCCCCCAGUUUCUAAUUUUGGAAAGGUGUGGGGGGAGGGAGGUUUCAGAUGCUGUUUGAUGAUACAAUAAGCACUUUGAUUGAAGUUUACUGACCCCUUCGCAAGGCCCUGAACAAAAGAAAAGCAUGUCAGAAAUUUUGGCUUUCAUUCACCUAGUUUGCCGACACCUACAAUAUACUCCAUGAUUGUUUGGACAACAAAGGUUGUGGAUAUUCCUGACCUUUGAUGUCUAGUGGAGCACCCUACUCAAUCAUCUUUGCAUGUCAUGUAGGUUUUGAAAGACUGCAAGCUAUGAUUGGCCGUGGUUCAACAUCUAGUCUCAGCCAAGGUACAGUAGGACCACGAUCACCCAACAUCUAGUGAUCUUAAGACAUAAAUGUGUAAUAUGAUCCUUGAAUUGACCAAAUUAAGGCAAUUGAAACUAAAAAUACAGGUGUGCUACAGUCAUUACCUGUUUUAAGCAUUUGUUGUUAGGAUAAUAUAUUAGUAAUUUCCUUUUUGAAGAGAACAUACUGGGACAUACACGGCAGAUGAUGCUUGAAACCUUUGUAAUUACCUGAUGGGUCGCUGAUUGGUUAAGUGCUUUUCAUUUAUCCCCUGUAUGUUAGCAUGACUCGGCUGUCAGGGGAAAGUGUUGACAGGCGAGCAGCGAGCAGGUUAUUAUGCCUCUGUGUGUUUUGUAUGUAGGAUAUUGGGUUUGGUGACAGGAAGGCGCGUUCCACAUGGCGUCUUGACAGAGAUGAGCAGAGUGUUUGGCUGAUGGGGACUGGGCAGUGAGUCUUGCUGGCAACGCCAGGUGCUAACAGAUCCAAAACGCUGAGCUGAAACAGAGACAACAUGUCCAGGAUUUCUCUAAUCGUGUGUAUCUUUCUGAUAUGUGGCGUCACAGCAAAACCGUAUAAACCCUGGAAUCAACUCACACAUGAAGCAUUCCUGGAUACGGUUAUGUCAGUAGACGCCACAGGGAAGAUGUCCUGGAGAGUGGAAGUGGAGCCUCCGGAGGACAUGGAUGAGACUCAGCAUGACAUUGACCCCAGCAUGAUGAUCUGGAAGAAGAUGACAGGCACUGGCCAGGAAAAACAGCCCCUGAAGCCAGAAGAAGACCUGGAUGAGCUGUACCAUCCGUCUGUGGCUGAUCUGCUCAAAGUUCAAACACACAACCUUGACGCCCUCCCUGCUGCCGACAUCCAGUCAGAGCCCUCGCAGAAAAAUGCCAACUCAGAGUACAAUCUUGUGCCAGAGGAAGAUAGAGAUGACAUUGAUCACCCUGUUUUCAGUAACGUGGCCUUCGAAGAACCUGAGCAGGACUGGGAUGAAAUCUACCGCAAAGCAAACAAGGAGCUGGAUGCAUAUCUGGCCCCGCUAGUCGCUGAACACAAAUCCGGCGCCGAGUUCCGAGCUCCGGACCUUGCACAGUAUCAUCACUAUGAGCUGCUGAGACGUGAGGUCAGAGUUCACCUUCAGCCAGAGGAGGACAUGGACGACUUGUACCAUCCAGACCUCCAACAACCCAUCCCUCGCCACGAUGAUGCCAAAGCUGCCGCUCCUGUUGAUCAGCCGUCUCAGAGGAAGUACAGCGAGCCAGAGGAAGAUCUGGAUGAUCUGCACCACCUCUGAUCGCUCAGCAACAACUCAACAUGUGUAGACUCUUAUCAUUUAUAAUCAGCUGAUAUAAUGUGGCUGCAGCAGGAGUUUCAUUUGACUCUAUUAAACCACAACAAGAAUAAAUACAUAUAAAUCCUAAUAUCACUUGUAUGUAUCCUGUUAAU